AUGAGUUACUCUUCUGAGAGAAUAGAAAUCUGCUCAUUUAACCCUUCUUACAGUGUGGAAGGCAGGUUCGCAGAGGCAACGUGCGAUGCUUUUUGGAACCAUCUGAAAGAACAGCUAUUGAGUACUCCUCCUGAAUUUACUUGUGCUCUUAGACUUCUAAAAGAAAUUAAGGAGAUCUUGCUGUCACUGCUACUACCAUGGCAGAACCGCCUAAGAAACGAGAUAGAAGAAGUUCUGGACACAGAUCUUCUCAAGCAGGAAGCAGAACAUGGGGCCCUUGAUGUCCCUCGUCUUUCUAACUACAUUCUCAAUUUGAUGGCCCUGCUAUGUGCACCAGUUCGAGAUGAAGCGGUACAGAAACUAGAGACCAUAACAGAUCCAGUGCGGUUACUGCGGGGCAUCUUCCGUGUUCUGGGCCUAAUGAAAAUGGACAUGGCGAACUAUACCAUCAAGAGUUUUCGACCCUACCUGCAGGAGCAUUCCAUCCAGUAUGAACAAGCUAAAUUCCAGGAACUCCUUGAUAAGCAGCCCAGUCUCCUCAAUUAUACCACAAAAUGGCUAACCAAAGCAGCCACAGACAUCACUACACUAUGUCCGAGUUCUCUUGACUCACCUGGCUCCUCCUGCAGCACGGCAUGUUCACUUCCAAACCGGGCAGCUUACAACUCCGAGCCGCCCAGUCCAACAAUGGUGCUAUACCAAGGCUACCUCAACCUCCUCUGCUGGGAUCCUGAAAACGAAGAAUUCCCUGAGACUCUGCUGAUGGACAGGAUCCGGCUCCAGGAAAUGGCGUUCCAGUUGCACCAGUUAACCAUUCUGGACUCAGUCUUGCUAGUGGCCAGAAGUUUCUCUGGUGAAGUUUUAUUCAGCUCACCUGAAUUUGUGGAUAGACUGAAAUGCAUCACCAAGGCCCUGACUGAGGAACUUAUCUCCAGGCCCGAAGAGGCUAUGCUGAGUGUGAGUGAACAGGUGUCUCAGGAAAUCCAUCAAGGCCUCAAGGACGUGGGCCUCACUACUCUGAGCAGUGAAAAUACAGCAUCUCUUCUAGGCCAACUCCAGGACAUCGCCAAGAAAGAGAACUGCAUUCGUAGCAUCGUUGAUCAGCGGAUCCGUUUGUUUCUCAAAUUCUGUUUGCUGCAUGGCAUGAAGGAGUCUCUGCUACACUUUCCUAGAGGCCUCAUUCUCAUUGAAAGAGAGUUGGCAGAACUGGGCUGGAAGUUUGUCAGUCUGAUGCAUCAUAAUCAGCAGGUAUUUAGCCGAUACUAUGCUGAGAUCCUAAAAAACAUCAUCCUUCCACCUAAAGCACAAGAAACAGAUGUGGAGCCUCUCUGAUAGUGCUGGACCCCAGCCAUGGCAAAGGGGACCCAGGAGAGAGAGGUCAGCAUGUUUCUGCUAUGACGUCACCUGCAGCUAGUGAAACAAUCAGCCCUCUUCCUCGUUACAGCCAGGACACUGGGAUGCAGGAGUCAAGCAUAUAAACACCAUCUGGCCCAAUCCCCUUGACUAAUAAACUUCUGAGCUGCAAGUAAAUUUCAGUUCCUCCUGUGCUCUAGCUGAAGCCUGGUUUUGCAUCCUCAUCCCCUAACUAGCUGAGUGACAAUCCAGUGGGCCCUCCGCUUUCCCUUCGCCAGCUGAUCAUUCUUCGGUAUUCUGGCCUGAGCCAGAAUCAGGGCAUCAGGUACUGAUAAGGGAAAAACCUGGGACUGUAUACAAUAAUGCCCCUCUCCCUCCCCCUCCCCCCAAAAAUGGGAAGGAGCUAAAAGACCAAAGAGUGACCUGGACAAGUCCAGCUUGAUAAGCAGAUGAAUUGAUUGGGACUUAACGUAUAGGGCAUUCCUGGGUGGCAGCAGGACAGCUCUGGGGAUCUGCACUGCCACUCAUCUGCAAGCAGCUUUUAAGCUAAUUUUCCGGCUCUUUGCCUUCCAUAUGCAAUGAGACUCUUUUUCUUGGUAUGUUUCCCGGUACCCUCCGGGAUGUUUUGGUGUUCAGGAACACAUCGUUUCCUCAGCUGGGCACCAUGCAUGGCCUUGGAUCACCACCUGGCCUUCGGGGUUCAGGCAGCAGACAUACAGCCUAAGGCAGUCUGGUGGGGGAGAGGAGUAACUCAUUAACCUACAGGUACCAGCAUUAUUUUCUCCAGUGAAAAAUCAUUCCCUUGAGGGCUGGGAAACUCUUUGUGGGAUUAUCCAGAGGAUGCAUAUAAGGGCUUCUGGAAGUCAGAAAUUCACUGAAUUCCACAUGAAGAGAAGACAUAGAACUCCCAUUUAUUGCACCACAUUUCCUUAUAAUUUUCAAGGAUACAGCAAUAGUAAGAGUUCCCAACUACUGUUCUACUGUGUGGUUUGAAGCAGUAUGAAAACUGGGGAUUGGUUGAAACUUGAUAUUGUCUGACAACAAGCAUUCAGCUAAGGACAGGUCCCAGCUUCCAUGGGACUUCUCUUUCCUUCCAGUGAUUCUAGGAGUCUGGCUUGGAAUCUCUGAUAAUGACAGUAAACCCAAGCAAUUAGGUCAGCGAGUGUCAUAUGAAGUUCACCCCUGGUCUUAUUUCUACAGCUGAAUGAAUCUUCUCUUUCCACAUCUCUAGGCUUAGAACAUCUCAUUCUUCUUGACAGAAUCGAUGUGAGUAUUCAAGAGUGGCGCAGCUGCCAUGCAUUUUCCCGCUCCUAGUCUGGGACUCCAACUGCCAGGUUAUGAAUAUCAGCUGACUUAGCAUCACAAAUGAUAAACGCUCUUGGUCCAUAUGGACUUGGGCUUGUUUUUAGAGAUUGUAGCAGUUUAUCCCAUCAUUCUCAGGUCAAGUGUAGCAGACAAGCAGCAAUCUAGAAAAUUAGGGGAAAAACUUAGGUUUCGGUCUGGACUAGGUUUGGUUUUAGAAUGGACGGGGGAAUAUAGCAACUUACUUAUGGGAUAGACCCAAACUGGGUGCAAAAAAAAAAAAAAAAUAGUGUCCGCAUUAUUUUGGGGGAGGAAGGAGCUGAGUGCAGCUUACUCAGUCCAAGAAAAUUAACAGAUGAGAUUGGAGUUCCACGAGUCCCAGGGGAACCACCUAAUUGAUUUCCUAGAGGGUGGAUACUAGACGGGUGACAUAGCUGGGUAAACAGAGUGCUAUUUUUACCUUGGCUGGAGAUGAAGCACACAGGCAAGCUGUGGAGGGGAUCAUUCAGGUGUUCUAAUCUUGUGACUAGAUAGUCUCAGGACAGAGACCAUGGCAGAUGAAAGUUUCAUGUU